AUGCCGCCUCGAAUCGAGUCGUCCGACUCGGAAAUGGAGAUCCAGGAGACGAAGCCGUCCACCUCGACUCGCACAACUCCCGCCCGCAAGCGCAAGUCCGUUGCGCCCGUCGUGACACUCUCGUCUGACUCGGAGGGGAGCAGUGAGGACGAGAAGCCCGCGGUCAAGAAGAAGAAGACGGACGGCGGAAAGGCGGUGGCUUUCAACGGCAAGGGGAAGGGGAAGGCGACUGCCACCAAGGGCAAGAAGGGCAAGAAGGGCAAGAAGGAGGAGAGCAGCGAGUACGAGGGCGAGUCGGCGUCGUCUGACGAGGCCGAACAGGAUGAGGGAGAUGAGGAAGAGGAGGAGGACGUCAAGCCGAAGAAAAAGGUCGCAAUCUCGCAGGCUUCCAAACCCAAAGCGUCAACACCCGCGAAGAAGGGCGCUCCAGCGCCGAAGAAGAAGGAAACGAAAGCGGCAGUCGACGACGAAGUGAAGGAUGAGAAGCCCAAGUUCAAGUGGCAGCCCAAACCGCGCGCUGGUCCCGCCGCACCAGGCUCGAAGGACAUCCCCGAAGGCGCUCCUGACUGUCUCGCCGGCUUGACCUUCGUCUUCACCGGCGAGCUGGAGAGUCUGUCCAGGGAGGAAGCGCAAGACCUGGCGAAGCGUUACGGAGGUCGUGUCACCACCGCCCCAUCUUCCAAGACUUCCUACGUCGUCCUCGGCUCCGACGCCGGUCCGAAGAAGCUCGAGGUGAUCAAGAAGCACCAAAUCAAAACGCUCGACGAAGACGGCUUCCUCGCGCUCAUCGGCUCGCGGCCGGCGAACCCGGAUGACCCGAAGGUCAAGGAGGCGAGGAAGAAGGAGGAGGCCAAGAUCAAGGAGAGUGCGAAGAGUCUGACGCUGGCGAAGGAUGCGCCGGAACACAUGACGCAGCUCUGGACGACCAAGUAUGCGCCGCAGAAGCUCAACGACAUUUGCGGCAACAAGGGCGCGGUUGAGAAGUUGAGGAAGUGGCUCGAGUCCUGGCCGAAAAACGUCGCCUCCAACUUCAAGAAGCCCGGCCCCGACGGCAUGAACAUAUUCCGCUGCGUGCUCAUCUCUGGCCCUCCCGGUAUCGGCAAGACGACCUCUGCACACCUCGUCGCCAAACUCGAAGGUUACGACGUCCUCGAGCUCAACGCGUCCGAUACGAGAAGCAAGAAGUUGCUUGAGGAGGCGUUCAAGAGCAAGGUCACGGACGCGACGCUGAGCGGGUUCUUCAAGAAGCCCGGCGAGGAGCACGACCCGUCGACUGGUCUUACCGUCAACCGCAAGUCGCUGAUCAUCAUGGACGAGGUCGACGGCAUGUCUGCAGGCGAUCGCGGCGGUGUCGGUGCACUCAACCAGUUCAUUAAGAAGACCAAGAUCCCGAUCAUUGCCAUCGCCAACGACAAGAGCAGCCAGAAGAUGAAGCCCCUGAUGAACACUUGCUUCCAGAUGAGCUUCAAGCGCCCGUCCGCACAGGAGAUCCGCUCGCGCAUCAUGUCCAUCGCCUUCAAGGAAGGCCUCAAGCUCGACGCGAAGGUCGUCGACCAGCUCGUCGCCGGCUCGAACUCUGACAUUCGCCAGAUUGUCAACAUGCUCGCGACGUACAAGCUCAGCGCCAAGGCUAUGAGCUACGACGAGGGGAAGAAGCUCGCCAAGAUGAACGAGAAAAACACGAUUCAGACGCCGUGGACGCUCUACAGCAAGCUGACCGGCCCGCAAGCCUUCUCGCCCGUCUCCGGCAUGACGCUUAACGACAAGGUCGAGAUCUACUUCCAGGACCACUCGAUCAUGCCGCUCUUCGUCCAGGAGAAUUACCUCAAGGGCGACUUUGCGCGCGCGAGGUCCGAGACCGGGCCGGGCAAGCAGCUCAAGAGGCUCGAGUUGAUGCAGAAGGCGUCUGAGAGCAUCUCGGACGGAGACCUCGUCGACGCCAUGAUCCACGGCACCCAGCAGCAAUGGUCGCUCAUGCCCCUGCACGGCAUGCUCUCCUGCGUCCGCCCCGCGUCUUUCACGUACGGCUCAGGCGGCGGCUAUCCUAGCUUCCCUGCCUGGCUUGGCAAGAACUCGACGCAGGGCAAGCUCGGCCGCCAACUCAACGAGAUUCAGAUCCGCAUGCGUCUCCGUGUCUCGGGCGACAAGCGCGAAAUCCGCCAAUCGUACAUCCCGACUCUCUUCCCACGCCUCGUGCGGCCGCUCAUCGACCACGGAACGGACGGCGUCGAGGACGUGAUCGAGACGCUCGACCAGUACUACCUCAGCAAGGAGGAGUGGGACGCGAUUGUCGAGAUGGGCAUCGGCGAGGGAAUGGGCCAGGAGGAGGUGCUCAAGAAGAUCCCGGCGCAGACCAAGUCGGCCUUCACUCGCAAAUACAACUCGUCGGACCACCCGAUCCCGUACUACAAGCCGGAUGGCGGCAAAGCUAAGGCGAAGAAGCUCGCGCCGGCCGGCGAGGCGCCCGACCUCGAAGAAGCCUUCGUCGACGAGGACCUCGACGAGGCGGACGCUGAGGACGAUGCAGCCGACUCGGACUCUUCGGCGGGCGACGUUGGCAAGGACAAGCUCAUCAGGGCCAAGAAGGGUCCGGGCGCUGCAGCAAAGAAGGUCAAGGCAGCUGCGGGCUCGAAGGCGGCGCCGAAGGGCAAGGCCGCCGCCAAGAAGUGA